AUGACCGGUGCACCCGAAGAUUACCUCAGCAUCUGUGCAAUGUGCUCGGACACUGACGCUGCCGUAAGAUGGACCAUCAGGGAAAGUACGCAAUUUGAUAUUCUACUGCUUCGGUACAGCUGCAGCCAAUCUAACGGAACUGAGCAGAGAGGUUUGAUCGAAGAUGGUUGUUUUGAGACAUACCCUAACUGGAUAGAAUCACUCACUGGCACAACUGGUGUUGGAUACAAGCUCUCGACUGGAGUUCAAUGCCAGUUUUCCGUAGGCUAUCGACUUGAUGGACAUACUAUUGUCAAAAGUGAAAGCUGUACCAUUAAAAGCCCUGUGGUGUGUGCAGAAACCCCAGAUGAGUGUAAUAUUGACAGGGUCAGUGAAAUUAAUGAGGAGGGAGAGUGUGAGGUCAAAUGUGCUGCAGGCUAUGCUGGCCCACUCUGCAACAAUAUCAAUGAGUGUGCUGGGAACAGUACAUGUGAUGAUAAUGCAGACUGUGUUGAUAGUGAUGAUACUAAUGAGUGUGCUGGUAGCAAUGCAUGCGGUCAUAAUGCAGACUGUGUUGAUACUGAUGGUAGUUACUGGUGUCAGUGUCUGCCAGGAUUCCAGGGAGAUGGAUACAACUGUACAGACAUCAAUGAGUGUGAAUUACUCAUUGCAAAGUGUAGAGAUAAUGCCAAAUGUCUCAAUAUUGAGGGAAACUACAGCUGUGACUGCAAGUCAGGAUUUGCUGGGGAUGGAUACAACUACUGUGAAGAUAUCAAUGAGUGUCAGAAUGUGACAUGUGGUGAGAAUGCUGAAUGUCUCAAUACUGAGGGGAGCUACAGCUGUGGGUGCAAGUCAGGAUUCACUGGAGAUGGAUACAACUGUACAGGUGUGGUUGGGCAGCACACACCCUAUAUUGAUGAAUGCAUUAUGGGGGAACACACCUGUAUUGGUAUGAACCGCUGUAUCAACCAGCAGGGGACCCAUUACUGCAAAUCAAAUGAAACGUCCAAUGCAGCCGAAGACUCCGUGAACAUCUGUGCCAUGUGCUCGGACACUGAUGCUGCCGUGAGAUGGACUGUCAAGCAAACAUCUAGAAUCGACGUUUUUCUCAUUGGUUACCAAUGCUUCGACGAAAACGGAACUCUAGUGCACACUUGGCAUGACAGCGACAGUUGUUUUGAACCAUACCCUAACUGGGGGCAACACACUGGCACAAUUGGUGUAGGAAAGCAGCUAAGAACAGGACUCACAUGCCAGUUUAUAGCAGGGUAUCGAGUUAAUUCUCAGACUUUAAGCAAAGUAACAAAUUGUACAAUCAAAAGCCCUGUGGUGUGUGCAGAAACUCCAGAUGAGUGUAAUAUUGACAGGGUCAGUGAAAUUAAUGAGGAGGGCGAGUGUGAGGUCGAAUGUGCUGCAGGCUUUGCUGGUCCACUGUGCAACAACAUCAACGAAUGCAACAAUACCAACAGAUGUGACGAUAAUGCAGACUGUGUUGAUAGUGAUGGUAGUUACUGGUGUCAGUGUCUGCCAGGAUUCCUGGGAGAUGGAUACAACUGUACAGAUAUCAAUGAGUGUAAGAAUGUGACAUGUGGUGAGAAUGCCGAAUGUCUCAAUACUGAGGGGAGCUACAGCUGUGGGUGCAAGUCAGGAUUCACUGGAGAUGGAUACAACUGUACAGACAUCAAUGAUUGUCAUAAUGUGUCAUGUGGGGAGAAUGCUACAUGUAUUGAUGAAGUGGGUAACUACAGCUGUGAAUGUGAUUCAGGAUUCACUGGAGAUGGAUACAACUGUACUGACAUCAAUGAUUGUCAUAAUGUGUCAUGUGGGGAGAAUGCUACAUGUAUUAAUGAAGUGGGGAACUACAGCUGUGCAUGUGAUUCAGGAUUCACUGGAGAUGGAUACAACUGUACUGAUAAGGACGAAUGUGUGGAGGAAGCACACAAUUGCACCGGUGGGAGCUACUGUGUCAAUACCAUGGGGAGCUAUAAUUGCCUGACAAUUGUCACUAGUACAGGAGGAAGGACUAACAUUGUGGCAGUGGCAGUGUUUGUGCCGGUAGCAUCGCUAGUAUUAGUGAUACUGCUAGUCACUGUGGUCCUGAUUUCCCUGCAUCGUCUUAUAAACAGGAGAGAGAAAAUGCCGGCGUUCCAUGAACUGACAAAGAUGGAUUUGGAUCCCUACUACACACCCACAUUCUGGAGCGGAUCACUGCUCUCCAUUCGCAGCCUGUACGAGAAGCUGAUAUUCAUUGACUCAAUGACGGACGUUAAUCGCACCGAGGAGAGAGAGAUGGAAUACGGGGGUAGCAGUCGCGAGGGAAAGCCGCCAAAAUUUGCCAUGGAAAAAGUGGACAAUCCUGCGCGUACAGUAACACUCCACACAGAGAAAGACAGCCACAGUCACAGUACAUCACAAAAGAACUAUGUUUCGCAUGUGCCAGUGGGUCUACCUCGGCAGCAGGGAAACGGAGAAAUUGCUCGGAAUGGUUUUGAUAACCAAGCCAUAUCGACCCCAGACUCUCUGAUCACACCGGGCAAAGACAAAACCUCUCCCAACACAACCAUAAGCUGUGUCAAUUACACCUUUGAUGUGGCCCUCCCAGAUAUUACGUUACCGUCUUCGCUAGACAACAUUGGAAGAGUGGGAAAUUGUACACAACCACGGAAUAUGGGAGGGUAUGUACUGGAGUCCAUCAGUAGCAGCCGUAGUUGUAUCCAGCAUCAGGUUACUUCGAGUGGUGACAAUGCCAAAUUUGGGGACACACUCGAUAUUGAUCACAGCAGCAGACAUUUGGCUGUACCAGAAAUUGAGAACGUUGUCAGUAGCACCUCAUCCAGUAGAGCACCAUCAGGGAUCGAUUAUCAAGCUCCUCUAGAGGCCGUGAACCACUCCCGAAAUCUUCAAGAGAGGCCGAAAGAUUUUCGAAUUCCUCAAGUGGAGCUCCAACAAGGGCCGAACGAUUUUCAAAGUCCACAAGAGGUGGCCAUGGAUUUUAGAACUCCUCAAGAGGGGGCUAUACCAGCAGGUCCGGUCCAAACCAGUGGCAAACAGCGACAUGUCACAGACUACAUAGAAAACAGUGACGUAAGUAGUAGUGGUUACAGCACUGACUCGGCAGUGGAUAGAAGAGGAGCGAGCUCUUUUUCUGCCGACCACGCCCCCAACACCAUCACCUCUUGGGGCUCGCAGGCCUCGCUCCAGUCAAGCGACACAGACAACACGACGACGACCGCGGAACUAGCACAACCAGAUCUGGACAGCGUAAAGUUUACCAUCAACGCUCGUCAGGAGUUUGAAUACGAGAACGCCAUGGAGGAAACAUUUCUGACCGACGUGAAGUUUGAGAUUUUGCCGCAAGAAAACUGAUUUAUCACCACUUAUCAUGCACUUGGUAUGUAAAUUUUUUAAAUUAUUGCAGCCACAUUUUUUUUUAUACAUCAUGGUAUUGCGAGUGCAGUAAUUUCAAAAAGUCCACAAGUACGUAUAUAAUAUGUACAAGCAAAAUCAAUACACCCAGGAAAACACUUAGGUUAGAAGGAAAAAAGCGCUUAUUAUUAAUGGUGGGACUCUAGCAUACAAUGAUAGUCGCAAUCCACCAUUGUGAUUUUUGGCGAUAGGAAAUAUAUACAAGGUCAAGAGUACGACAUGCAGAUAGCCCUAUAAUUAUACCAAAUGACAUCCUUAGCU